AUGCGCCUGUGCGACGACUACGGGCCAUUCGACUUUCGAAACGCGUGCGUGAGGGAGACAUGGGGUGCAUUGCUGCCCUUUUCCUUCCUUUUGGCCCUUUGUCUCUUCUCCAUUCCGUUGCCCAGCGCUCUUCGCAAAGUACACGCAGCGCCGUUUCAGGAAUACAUAACCUUGCAUGAAGCAGAGGCGUUGGAUGUAGAAGCUGAGGAGAAAUACGGGGAGUUGGAAUCAGUCCCACUUUGGCGCACGCUCGUGUGCGUAUUCGUCGGUAUCACCGAAACCUUCUGUUGGAUUGCGCAUGGCUCGUUCAGCCUGUACAAAGAUCCUCAGAACGGUGUUCUUCCCGUCCUUAUCGCCCUUGUAUGGCUAUACACCGUCAUACGACCCAUUGCCCGUCCGACGGCUAUGAUAUCUUCACCAUCUACCUCCUCUUCCUCUGCUCUUCCGUUCUCCAAAUUGGCGGUCAUAGGUCUGUUAACUAACAUUAGACAGGGCCGAUCCGUCACCCCAGAAGACUACACUUCCCUCUGGGGGUGGGUCACCUUUUUCUGGGUCAAACCCCUCGUCGACUUGGGCAGGGAUAAUACCCUGAAUGAGAGCGACGUCUGGAACCUCAGCCCAACGAUGCAAUCACGCCCGAUCUUUGUCAAGUUCAGCGCGAUUGCGCAGUCGACGCUCCUGCGCCGCCUUUGGAAAGCCAACUCGCUUGACUUGAUCCUCGAUUUCUGCUUAACUUUUGUGAGCGUAGUGUUCAACUACGCAGGUCCCUUCUUCCUCAAAUUAAUCCUCGAUGCCAUCGACUUGGAGCACCCAACUCCCGAAAGCCAAACUCGAGCGUACAUCUACGCGUUUCUGGCGUUCACGUGCACACUUCUGAAAGCCCAGGCCGACGUACAGCACCUGUGGUCAGAGCUUAUGGCGGCGAUAUAUGACAAGGCGUUGAAGAGGAAGGAUUUUUCGGGGGUUGUUAGUAAGGAGGAGAAGACGACGACGGAGGGUAAUGUGAAACGAAAACGCAAGACGAAAGCGGAGAAGAAACAAGAAAAGGAAAAAGCUGCAAAGGCAGAUGAUCCAAAGGCUGGUGCGGAUGUGGGGAAGAUUGUUAACCUUAUGGCUGGGGAUGCUAAUCGCAUCUCACAAACCGUAUCAGGAUUUUAUUUUCUUUACGGAGCACCAUUCGAAAUCUUCAUCGCCGGUGUCUUCUUGUAUCAACUACUACGCUGGAGCGCAUUUGCGGGGUUCAUCGUCUUACUGGCGGGUUGGCCUCUGAACAGCUUCAUCGCGAAACGGAGUAUCCGGAUCCAGAAGGGCGUGUUGGCGGCGAGGGAUAAAAGGAUGGGGGUGUUGAAUGAACUUAUUGGUGCUGUCAAGUUCAUCAAGUUCUUUGCGUGGGAGGAACGCUGGAUUGGGAGAGCGUUGGAUGCGAGGGAGGUUGAGAUGCAGUGGAUGAUCAAGGCCAUGACCUCACGUCGCUUCAACUGCCUCGACAACAACGACGAUGAUCGACGAAGGUUCUCAACUUACCGAUUCGACGCGCCUUUCCGCACGUCUUGUUUUAUUCCUACUUGGAUGUCGACACUCACGAACGGGGGAAACGGGAAUGGAAUCCUCUUUCAAAACUCAUACAACCCCAAAGCGUCGACUAAAAGCGCACCAGACCUGUACCAGCUCAACGACAACACCCUUCAGACAAGUUCGGCAACGUCGGUUUUGAAGGCGGGGGAUAGACGAUGGGCGUGCAAGCGACGAUGGACUGGGAGAUUCGUGAGCGGGAUUGGCGACGUGAGCGGGGGGAACGAGAAAGGGGUGAUGCAUGAGCGGGAUUGGCGACGUGAGCGAGGGGAGUGGGAAUGGAUCCUCUUUCACUUCGUCGCCUCGCAACUCCCCUUCAUUCCAAUCGAGGUGACAUGUCGAGAACGGUCGGGCGAGAUGCCAGGGCAGCAUGGACAGACCGUAGGCUGCCAAGAAGACAGCGCCCAACGGAUGGAGCUGAAGAUUAUCGCUAGAUCUAAAACUCACCAGGAACCUUCAGAGCUGCCCGAGCAUCGUUUCCACCCAAAAUUAAAAAAGUUGGGAACUCACCAGGAACCUUUCUCUCCGGCGUCCGCGACAAGAACUGCCAACGAGGACUUACCUAUUUCUAUCAGAGUGUCAAGGCACGCGAGGUAUGCGUGCGUUGUCACCCAAAGCGCAGAGAACGAGGUAGACGUUCACAGUGCCUGUAAAUCAGAGAGAGGUCGUUACGGCGGUGGGGCAGGGGCCAUGGCGGCGACGAUGGCUGGAGAGCGUGUGAUGAGAUAG